AGUCAGCGCAGUCAGCGCACUCAGCCAGUCAGUCAGUCAGCCAGCCAGCCAGCCAGCCAGUCAGUCAGUCUGUACGCAAACUAAAAGCCCCUUGUCUCUGUGAAUGAGUAGAUCGAGGCGGCUGAAGUCAGCGAGAGGAGCGCUCGGUGUGUGUGAGGACGGUGCUCGGCGGAGCUCUCAGUGCUUCAGUCCGCCACAGGAAAAGUGAGGAUCCCAAGGACGUUCACUGUACUAACAGCUAGAGAAGCGUAAACCGGAGAAAACGUGAUGAACGCGGUCAGAGAUUAUUUUCUUCUCCUUGUUCUGGUGGCGGCGGUGACGGAAACGGGCGCUAAAGCCUCCGCCUCUGGGGAUGCUCUAUCCAUCACCCCGGGGGGCCCUCCGGAGAACGGGGCCAGCUUGUUCUCCACCACCCAGGACACAGAGCGGAGGCUGCCCGUGGUCACCACGGCCCCGCCUCUCAACGUCCCGAACCACCACCCUAUCUACAGAACCCCCCCCCAACGCCAGGCCUCGCUCGGCCCCCAUGGUCAGCCCAACUACUUUGAAGACAGCGGAGGAUCCAGCCCUCACCCCUCCUUCUCCCACUCUCUGGACCGCGCUGAUAAAAGGGCUUCGGAUGAGAACGCUGGCGGCUCUAACACGCAUGUAACCCUCGUCACGCACCCCCCAGCGGCCACUUCUCACUCCAACACCCCCGUCCCAGCCACCAGGGCGGUUUCAAAAGACCCAGAACAUGCUCCCAUCAUCCCCUCUGCUGCUGCUGUGAGGGAGAGAGACGCAGCGAGGCCGGAUCAGCCUGGACUGAGGCAGAGUGUGAGGCCAGGAGGUGACGAAGAGGAGACCACCACCACCACCAUCACCACCACCACCAUCAUCACCACCAUGCAGAGUCCAGUUCCCUGCCAGCUGAACCUGACUGGACCUGAGGGAUACAUCGAGGCUCCGCCACAGUCCAGCUCCGCCUUCCACUCCACUGUGGACUGCAGCUACAUCAUCACUGUCUACAUGGGCUAUGGAGUGGAGGUCCAGGUGAUGAAUGUGAAUCUAUCUGAGGGCGACAAGGUGGUGUUUGAAGAUGUGGGCCACGGGGAGAACACCAUGCUGGCCAACGAGUCCAUCCUGAUGAGGGGGCUGGUCGUACGAAGCCACAGCAACCAGAUCUCCAUCCGCCUCCACAGCCCGAGGUCUCAGGCUGGAUCGGUCCUGCUCAGAUACCAAUUCUUCGUGCUCAGCUGCGUCUUCCCCCAGCGGCCUCUUUACGGUGAUGUGUCAGUGACCAGUCUUCACUCUGGAGGGGAGGCGUUCUUCUCCUGUCUGACCGGCUACCAGCUGCAGGGCCCCGGUGUGCUGACCUGCCGCAAUGCUAGCACCCCCUACUGGAGUGGCAAGGAACCGCACUGUCUAGCUGCCUGCGGUGGUUUGAUCAGGAACGUCACAGUCGGUCGGAUCAUCUCUCCUGGUUUUCCCAGCAACUACAGCAACAACCUGACCUGCCACUGGCUGCUGGAGGCCCCCGAGGGCCAGAGACUUCACAUCCACUUUGAGAAGGUGGCGCUGGCUGAGGACGAUGAUCGGCUGCUGAUCAAAAACGGUAACAGCAUAGACGCAGCUGCCCUGUAUGACUCAUACGAGGUGGAGUAUCUGCCUAAUGAGGGUUUACUCAGCUCGUCCAGGCACCUCUUCAUUGAGCUGACGACAGAUGCUACAGGCACGUCCACUGGCGUUGCAAUCAGGUACCAAGCCUUUGCAGCCGGCCACUGCUACGAGCCCUUCGUGAAGUACGGUAACUUGACAGCUAGCGACAACACAUGGGCAGUGGGAGCCGUGGUGGAGUUCGCCUGCGACCCCGGCUAUACUCUGGAGCAGGGAUCGGUCACCAUCGAAUGCAUGGAUCCCAACAAUCCGCAGUGGAAUGAGACGGAGCCGGCCUGCAGAGCUGUGUGCAGUGGUGAGAUCACAGAUUCAGCCGGAGUGGUGCUCUCUCCCAACUGGCCCGAAGCCUACGAUAAAGGCCAGGACUGCAUCUGGGGAAUCCAUGUGGAGGAGGAUAAGAGGAUCAUGCUGGACAUUCAAGUGUUGAACAUCGGCAAGAACGACCUGGUGACCUUUUACGACGGGGACGACCUGAACGCCAAAGUGUUGGGUCAGUACGGAGGGUCGAAGCCCCGCUUCAAGCUCUACACCUCCACUGCCGACGUCACCAUCCAGUUCCAGUCCGACCCCGCCACAAACGUCUAUGGCUACAACAACGGCUUCAUUAUCCGCUUCUUUGAGGUAGCUCGUAACGACACCUGCCCUGAGCUUCCAGAGAUCUCUAAUGGAUGGAAGAGUACGUCCCACCCCGAGCUGGUUCAGGGCACCGUGGUGACCUACCAGUGUUACCCGGGUUACCAGGUGGUGGGUGCCGAGCUGCUCAUGUGCCAGUGGGACCUCACCUGGAGCGGUGACCUACCGAGCUGUGAAAGAGUCGUGUCUUGUGCCGACCCAGGGAAGGUGGAUCACAGCAGGCGGGUUCUGUCGGGUCCCCAUUUCACCGUGGGCUCAACCAUCCAAUACGUCUGCAACAAGGGCUUCACUCUGUCCGGAAACAGCCUGCUCACCUGCUUCAACCGAGGAUCCUCGGGCCCCAAGUGGAACCAGAAGCUGCCGAGAUGCCUCCCUGACACCUUUGAGCCCUGCAGUCACCCAGGAACGCCCAACUAUGGGAUCCCCAGCUCCAACCAGCUCCACUUCCAGCCAGGAGACACCCUCCACUACUCCUGCAUGACUGGCCACCAGCUGCUGGGGGAGCCUGUUCUCCACUGUGUCCCAGGACACCCAUCCCAGUGGAGUGGGCUGCCACCUGUCUGCAAAGCCCACCCUGCAGGGUACGACGAGCACAGAUUGGAUGUGGCGACUGCAGACACCAGACUGGAGGGGGCCCAAGUGGCAUUUGCUGUCUUCAUCCCUGUCAUCCUCCUCCUCAUCCUCAUGAUUGGGAUCUACCUCUACUUCUCAAAGGUUCAGAGGAAGUCACUACAGCUCUCCCUGUCCUCCAGCUUACCAUAUGAAAACAUCUCCGGAGACUCUACAUUUGACAGCUCCAUUUAUGAGACAACGAACAAUGAGGAAACAAGAGAAUAUGAGGUUUCGAUCUGAAGACGUCGUGUGUGUGUUUCAGUAUGGACAGAUAAGACGCCCGCUGGCCUUUUCAACGUCCGCCAGACUCACGCCUUUGGUGACUCCUUUGACGCCUCCACCCUGUUCUCUGUACACUGAAUAUGAGCCUCCCUUUAUUUACCCAACAGAGGACACCUCACCACCCCUGGAAAGGCUGGGCCACUGGAUUAUUUUUCUAGCUCUUCAACAGUAAAAGUCCAGCAGCAGCAGUUUGUACAGUUUUUAAUCCCGUGCUUGCAUCCUGAGGACUUUCAGCGCAAAGUAUCGUCUCAGAGAGCAGAAGGAAUCAAUGCGAAGCUAGUGCCAUUAAGUGCAUAUAACCACAGAUGUUACGUUGUGUUAUGUACAUUAUACACUAAAUGUCUUCUGCCAUCAUUUAAAGAACAGUGCUUAUGAAUUUAAGGUAUGUCUAAUUAAGAGUAAGAUCUUAUGAUUACAUGUCACAGAAAAACAACAGCAUUUGCUUUUAUUAGAGGUUACCUAAAAAUAUAAGGAAUCGGAAUGUGCCUUAAAUAAAAGGCCAUUGAAGGAAAAAAAUUUCUUUCUGAGAGUGAAAUGAGAAGAUUAUUAUCAUUCUCGUGUGUGUGUUAAAUAGAGAGUUUGAGUCCUGAUGUGAUUAGCUUAUCUUAGCAUAAAGGUUGGAAGCAGGGUGAUGUAACUGUUUCUUGGAAAAAUAUUCCAAUAUUGUGUAGCUCCAUGCGAAUGAGAACAAAAUUAGAUGCCUCGUAGUUUUUUCCCGAAAAUGUGACAAAGAAAAAGUAGUUCAGUGGUGGAACAGGAAGUUUAUCCUUUACCUGAUGAAGCAGAGAGAAGAUCAUUGUAGUUUCUGGGAUUCCUGUAUUCCUAAAUCCAGUGGGUCUUCACCAUUAGAGGUGUUGGUAGACACUUUGAACAGAGCAAGGCUAGCUGUUUCCCCCUGCUAAGCUAGGCUAACCUUGUCCUGACACCAGCGGCCGGUUUCACAAUGAUAGACUUCAACUAUGUCUUAGAUAUAACAAAUAGUUAGACCUCCGAUACACUUCUAAUUUAAUCUUUGGCACAAAGCAGUUUAGUUCUACCUUAAGCCGGACUGUGGUACAAUGAAUUCUGGGUAAAUUGAGAUUUUUUUCAAAGUAAAAAAAAAAACUCCAGCAGAGAAUGUUUGUCUUUAGGAAAAGUUCAACAGCUACAAGGACAUUGUACUUGUCCCUUCUCAUUGCUCUCUCAAUAACAAUGUCCCUGUUUUUUGUUGUUCGGGGAUACUGCUCAGCACAGGUGUUAUUGAUUAUUACCAUGGUAACACGUCUUGGGCCUGAGUUUGCCUAGGGCUAAGGUGUCUAAUUUUUUUGGCUUGAAAUUAGUCUUUGUUUUUGUGAAAAGGUCUUACUUGCAUUAGACUGAUACAUGAGCAAAAUUGAAAAACUGGACCAACACUAUAGACCAGCCUGAAAUAUCUUUGUGAAACCGGCCCUUCACACACAGUCAUCCUAUUUCACCCUCAGAAAGAAAACAGAUGAGCAUAUUUCCCAGAAUGUUGGACCAUUUCUUUAAACAAUAGUGUCAACCUGUAAGUUAAGAUUAUAUAUCAUAUUACCAAUACAUUUUUCCCCCAUAAGCAACAUCCAACUCUAAUGGGGAUCAUUAAGGUUUCACUGAUUUCAUGCGUUCAUACUGUAUGUAACAUGCAGCGUUAAAGAUAAAGACAUUUUGAUUUCUACUUGGUGUAUCACCAUAUCGUUUUGAGUGACAUCCCAUCCAUUAAAUUUUCUGUGAAGCGAAAGGAAACUGCACACCGAGGUAAGCUGUUGUCCAUGUUGCCAUUGCCUGUCUGGAGAUUACGUCUAAAUUUAGACCAUUACUGUCGUUCAAACAUACAGUAUAUAUUGUCCUAUGAGAAUACAGUAUGUAUCCAUGCAAGCUGGUGUGAUGACAAUGAUAAUAAUUAACCUAUUUUUGAUUCAAUGUACAUAAAGUACUGAUGAAGCAACU